UAGAUCACUUCAUCGACAAACUGACACCAUGAUUCAUGGAUCAACUCAACAUCUUACUGGUCUUUUACACCAAUAGCGCCACCUUUUCCCACUCUGAUUCAUCACUCUCCCCUCAUCAGAUAUACUGUUUCAAUUGUGCAUACUUAUUACAGGUCAUUGUUGUGAAUAAUAAAUAUAACCACACAGAGGCUCUUCAAAUUGUGCUCAGUGUCUGAAAAAACAAUUAUACUCUUCAUGAAGCCAUGAGAUUUAACGACUCGAGUAUUAUUUCAACACAUUGACACAUUGCUGUACAGAGGAACUUAUUUUGCAAUCGGCUGUGUGUUUUUUUCCUGGCUUGUGACGGAAACAUCUGAACGGAAUGGAACGAUUCCCAUGUCGACUUCCUAUUAUAACUAUCGCCUGUGUCUUAUGGACGUUUCUUAACCUAACUCCAUUAUGCAGAGCCUUUGAAGACGUAAUGAGAAACCCGUCGAAGAAUCUUUACCAGGAGCUUUGGGAUGCAUACGGCUCCCCUGCCCUUCGACCCGUCGUUAACCUUUCAAAACCGAUCGUCGUCCAUCACAGACUACUUGUCUCACAAAUAAUAGAUUUUGAUGAACCACGGCAAACAUUGACUUUGAGUUCUUGGCAACGUAUGGAUUGGGAAGAUGAGUUUUUGGCAUGGGAUCCAAGCAAUUAUUCUGGUGUAGAAUCUUUGGAAAUAGAUCCGAGUCUGGUUUGGAAACCUGAUAUCCAACUUUAUGAAAACGUCGAUAAAGAUUUCCUUCGAAUGUCGGAAACGAAACUACUGGUGAAUUACACGGGUCACGUGACAUGGUACACACCGGUGAUUUCAACAAGUUCAUGUCAUAUUGACGUUAAGCUCUUUCCUUUCGAUACCCAGAGAUGCAACCUUUCCUUUAGUUCAUGGAUAUAUACUAUGAACCAACUGCAGCUUCACAUGUCGAAUAAAUCAGAAGCUACUAAUCAGAAUAUCUUCAUGGGUAAUGGUGUUUGGAACCUUGCUGAUAUAAUCCGGUCAGAGGAACUUUACAAAUACGACUGCUGUCCAGGUGAAUACAGGAAAGUAAUUUACACCAUUUUGCUCAGUCGAACAUACGCCUUCUACCUCACCAACAUGAUCAUCCCAAGUAUUACACUCUGUUUAACCAAUACCUUGGUCUACCUGAUUCCUCCGGAGUCGGGAGAGAAAGUCCAGUUUGCCGUCAGCAACCUCCUGGCAUCUAUCUUGUUCCAACAGCUUAUAGCCACGACCAUGCCACCUCUCGGAGACGAACUCCCGUUACUUGGAAUCUUCUUUCUCUUCAUGGUCAUGUGCAGUUGUUUUUCAAUCGCUUGCAGCAUACUUAGCUUACGGCUCUACAACAAGAAGGGCGAUGAACCAGUACCAAACCAUUUCCGAAAACUCAUACUCCUGACGCAUCCAGUAGCCCAUCGCCGGCUCCUACACCGCGUCACAACCUUACGUGCCAAGUCCUCCUCUCAGAACGGCCACUCAGAACACAAGAACGACAUGACGUCUUUGGAACCAAAAGAAUCCAGUGAUGAGAUCCAACUACAGCAGCUCACCGACGAAGAAAAUCAUCAUGAAACGAUAAGCCCAGAGAAGACAGAAGACAAAAGUCCGGUUCAUAGUCAUGCGAGAAGACGGCAGAGUGCGAGUUUGAAACGAGACGUAAUCAUAGAGGAAUGGAGGUUGUUGGCGAGGGUGCUUGACAAACUUUUAUUUGCACUGGUCCUUGUACUAACCUGUUUGGUUUUGCUUGGCCUUAUCAUCGAAUUUGUUUAGUCGGGCAAAAGUAAUUCUGAAAUCAUGUAAUGAAACAAUUUAGUUCAGGCGCGACCGUUCGACUGACCGUGGUCAUGCUUAUGAUGCUGCAAGUCAUUUUAUUCUGACGCCAGUGACAUACUGUUCACCAAACAGAAUAUAUACAUCUUCUACAUAGAUGUUGUAGACGGAUUUCUGUAAAGCCUAUCUUUACAUCAUGCGAUUCAAAUGUAAACGUACACGAGGACAUGUGGACCUUUUGACUAGAUAUAGAGACAUCUAAGCAAAAUAAAAAACGAGUGUAGAUAUACAUUUUUGUUCCAUGUUGAGAUCCGAAAAUCAUGGGAUAUCCAUAAUAUGCAAUAGAAACGCCGUAGAUUUUUUGAGUAGCAGUAAGUUAAACUGUUAUCAUGAAUUAUACCUACAAGAUUGUGAAAAAGCCGGAAAAUGCGAAAGUUUUGAUAUAAACACUCAGCUAUAUAAAUAAAGACAUUUCAACAUUCGUUAGAAAUUUUGGAUACAAAGGCAGACUUUCAGAUAUCGAUUCAAAUCGAAAUGGAGAUACAAUCGAUGACACAGGAUUUCAUUUUAAUUCUUGACCUGGACUUUAAAAUAAUACUAAAAGAGGAUACUUCCUGAGAAAUUUAGAAGGCUUACACAUUCUCUUGUCCUUGAUCAUCAGUCUUAUAAUCUGUUUAUCAUUUUAUGAAAUAAUUCAAGUAGAAACAAUAAUGUUCGAAAGCGUACUGACAUUUUACUUCAUUGUUGAAAUGUGUUGUAGGAUAAUCCGAUUAUAUAUAUUAGAUGUGGUCUUGGUUUAAGGGCGUACUAGGCUGGUUUGAGCAUGGGGAGAAGCACAUCCUGGGAAGGUGGAACUUAAAGGGAUAGCCCGGGCUGAAAGUAUUUAUAUCUUAAUACAUAGAGUAGAAUAC